AGGAGUCACCUAAUGAAUAAUUUUCUUGAGUAAAGUAGUAUUUUUUUUAUCAGUGUACUCUUCACUCGUGUAGAAUUGCGGAAAGAAAACUCUCGCCGAGGUGAAAUUUUUGAAUGAAAUAAUUUAAUGAUGCGAGAAAAGCGCGAUCGAGAUAAGAACGAGGCUAACAAUUAUGUUUGUAUUUUUACAGUGGUACAGGGUGGACAAAACCAAGAUCAGAGAAGAUCUGCUGGAUUUGUGGGUCCCGCUCGGUACCGGUCCCAAUGCCGACCAGCCCGACAAAGCCGCCGAAAUUUUCCUCGUGAGAUCCGCGGAGAGAUCCGACUCGCUGCCCCUGCAGGCUUGGCACUCGUUAGCCAGGUCGGCGUUAUCCUGGUUCAUCAGUCGAACGUCCAUAAACGGACUGCUGGGCCGCGGUUCCAUGCACGUGUUCUCCAGCGAGCAAUUUCAAAAGCUAAUGGACGCGAGCGGCUUCACGGGUCCCUGGCAUUCUUUGGUGGACCUCGGGGCAGGUGAUGGCGCAACCACCGCCCACGUGGCGCAUCUCUUCGAGAAGGUGUACGCCACGGAUAUCUCACCCCCCAUGAGGUGGGCUCUGGCGAAGAGAAAGUUCACGGUGCUGGACGUGGAGAGAUGGCACCAGGAGGCCAGUCCUUACAACGUGAUCCUCUGCCUGAACCUUCUCGACCGCUGCGACCGUCCAAACACCCUGUUGAGGCUGCUGAGGACCUCGCUUGCUCCCGGCGGCAGGCUGAUCGUCGCCCUGGUGCUGCCGUUCAGCCCCUACGUCGAGGUCGGUGAGAGGGGUAACCACAAGCCGUCGGAGUACCUACCGGUGCGAGGGAACGGGCUCGAGAUUCAGAUAGCCAGUCUGAUCGACCGGGUCUUCGCCCCGGUGGGUCUGCGAUGCCUCGUCUGGAGCAAACUGCCGUAUCUGUGCGAGGGCGAUCUGGGACAGUCGUAUUACUUCCUAGAUGACGUGAUCUUCGUGCUGGAGGCGCAGCCGGUUAGCACACGGUCCUGCGAGUUCACGGAAAACGACGGUGUCUCGCUGCGAAGGGACUUUUAGGGUUCGGCGCCAGGCGGGCUGUGUACAGUGUACUUACGGAACGGCUAACAGGGGAUAGAGAGGAAGCGUGAGAAAGUGAUACCAGGCAUGUCUUUCACACUUGUAAAAACUUUAAUAAUUGCUGUCAUGAGUUAGAAUUAUGCGAGAAUACAGAAGAGCAAUACUGGCAAGCGACGACGAGCUUAAUGUGCAGACACAGCGGUUAGCGUUUGGUGUACGAAUAUCAAUUACCGAUCCGAGUUUAAAAAGGGAACGACGGAUCGACAACGGUGCGCAUUUUACAAUCGUUUAUCAUCUUACUGUCGAAUUCGGUGCGGAAACAUGUACACGGUCUCUAUGGUAUAGAUAUGGCGCGAGAGUAACGAGAUCCGGAAACGAAAUCUGCCCUUUUUCUGCCCCCCCCCCUUUCCUGGUGUGCUCGAUCCCGCUCGAGAGAACGUCCCUCUAGAAUCAAAUCUUAUCUAAUUAUCUAAACUAGAAAUCAACGGACGGUAUACAAAGGAGAAUAUUAAACUAAUGCACAUUGUGGCGUCAGUUGCAGCAACUGCGGUAAUAAAAUCGCAAAACGAAUAAUGGAAAAACGAACGUUUUAAACUUUAACGAUAAUUUUAAUCUAUAACACAUAAAUAUACGGCGAUGCCGUCGUUAACGAAAUACAACGAAUGUCAAGCGGAGGAUGAAGAAGCUUAAAGCAGUGCUGCAACUUUUGCCUUAAACAAACAUAAACGCACAAACUCCUCAACAUAUUCCGAACAAUUGUGCUGUGGUAUUCAAAUCGAUAGGGUAAGAUUUAUCUCGGACGUAGCCCCUAACGUGUUUCGAAAUUCUACUUUGGUACAUUUGGUCAACUCCUUUCCCCGCCAGACUCUGUUUCCGCGCUCCCUUUUCUCUAUUUGGCAUAAGUUGCAACGACUUAGUCAUGGAUAUGCUUAAUUGCGUUGAUCACACGGACCGACCAAUCGAGAUACAAACGACAUUGCGUUUGCAUUUUUGAUAAUUAUACGUAAUAUUAUAAGAAAUAAGUCCACCUAGUUAUUGGAAAUACACUUUGGUGUGCAACAAGUUAUCGUCGAAUUAUGAACCAUAUUGCAGCAGCCUUCUUGUCAAUAUAUAUAUAUAUUAUAUAUGUAUGUCAACAAAAACGCAGUCUAUAGAAGCCGGAUCUGCAUUCAUUUAAACGGCUAUAAUAGCCGUGAAAAACAAAUAAAGAAUCACUGUCGAAAAUUA